UUUCGAAACAGAGUGAUUGCGCAAUAAAAAUACUCUUCAACUUUUCAAUUAGUUUGAUUAUCUCUGCACCUGCUUUAAAUUUAUGCGUAUAAAAAUAUGAAAACUCAAACUGAUAUUUAUGAUUUUGUUUCCACUUUAAUUAAAAUCUCACCUUAGACACAUUUCUUUUAUUCUUUUUUUUAAUGAUAUAAUAUGACCUAUAUACACUGAAAAUAGGUAAAUUGAUUUAAAUUUUAAGGAAUCCCACUGAAAAUUAAAAAAAAAAAAAUGAGUUUAGAAGUUAAAAUAGAAAUUAGGAGCACUGUCAAGAAAAAGGCAAAUUGUUUUGCAGAUGGUAUCACUCACGAUUUUAUUGUGUUUGUGCAGGGUCACAAUGGCAAUCAUAUUGAACAUUUUAUAAAAGAAAUUGUUUUUUAUUUGCCUUUUAAUUCAAAUUCGAAACAAGUAAGAAGGAAGCCACCGUAUUUCAUACAAGGAUCUACGCAAGCUUCUUUCCGCUUGCCAAUAGAUUUAUUUUUCCAUACCACAAUUAAUCUUUUCAAAAUGAGUAUUUCAUAUUACUUGCUUGUUCCUGAUAAACCUUUGGAGAAUGCUGUAUGUGUGAAGACUUUAACAUUCCUGAAUACUCCUCAAGAUUUUAAGGAAAGGUUACUUCUUGGUGGUGCGGAAGAGGCUCACCAUGAGAAGAAUUCUGAUGCAGUUGCUACACGUGUCACAUGUAAAAGUGAACCGGUUGAGAUUAUUGAAAACCAAGAAGAGGUUCACCAUCAGAUGAAUUCUGAUGCAGUUGCUACGCAUGCCACAUGUAAAAGUAAACCAGUUGAGAUUAUUGAAAACCAAGAAGAGGUUCACCAUCAGAAGAAUUCUGAUGCAGUUGCUACACAUGUCACAUGUAAAAGUGAACCGGUUGAGAUUAUUGAAAACCAAGAAGAGGUUUACCAUCAGAAGAAUUCUGAUGCAGUUGCUGCACAUGUCACAUGUAAAAGUGAACCGGUUGAGAGUAUUGAAAACCAAGAAGAGGUUCACCAUCUGAUGAAUUCUGAUGCAGUUGCUACACAUUCCACAUGUAAAAGUGAACCAGUUGAGAUUAUUGAAAACCAAGAAAAGGUUCACCAUCUGAUGAAUUCUGAUGCAGUUGCUACACAUGCCACAUGUAAAAGUGAACCAGUUGAGAUUAUUGAAAACCAAGAAAAGGUUCACCAUCUGAUGAAUUCUGAUGCAGUUGCUACAAAUUCCACAUGUAAAAGUGAACCAGUUGAGAUUAUUGAAAACCAAGAAGAGGUUCACCAUCUGAUGAAUUCUGAUGCAGUUGCUACAAAUUCCACAUGUAAAAGUGAACCAGUUGAGAUUAUUGAAAACCAAGAAGAGGUUCACCAUCUGAUGAAUUCUGAUGCAGUUGCUACAAAUUCCACAUGUAAAAGUGAACCAGUUGAGAUUAUUGAAAACCAAGAAGUAGUUGAUUUCAAGGACACAUCUGAGAAGAGUAGUGAGCAGAUAUUAUGCAAAAUCGAACCUACUGAGGAUAUGAGUAUUCAGGAAGAAUUCCAUAAUCAGUUGCCAAACACUUGCAUUCAAAGUAAAGAUAUUUCAGAGCAAAGUAGCAGUUCAGGGAAUCAAAGCAUUUAUUGUUCUGAUGAAUUGUUGAAAGAAAAUGGAAUUCUCAAGAAAGAAAGUGAAAGUUUAAAUAAAAAAUUUAGCAAUCUGAGGAGUUUAAUUACAACUUAUAAUGAAAAGCUUCCUGUUCUACAAAAUAAGUUUUCUUCUGUUACUGCAGAGCUGAAUGAAUUAAAGCAAAAAGCUGAAACCAAUGAAGCAAAAAUUUCGACUUUGAAAUCAGAUGUGCAAUUGCUUAUGUCUGAAAUACUUCAGCAUAAAAAAAAAGUUAAUGAAGUUACAGGGAAGAUGAAAAGGCAAGAAACAUCAGCUAUUUUGAGCUCUUCUUUUGAUUCUGAAAGCUUCAAAUCAUCAUUAUCUUUAGAAAACGAACCAAGUACUAACAUUUUAUCAGCUGAAAAAGGGAGAACAGUAAUGAACAAAUCAAUUAACAAAGACUUGUACAAAAAUUUAAAUGAAGGGUCAGGGCAGCAAUAUGCAAAAGAUAAACAAAACAAAUUGCAGGAGGCUUUAAUUGAGGAUAGAGAUGCAGAUCAUACUAUUUUAAACCCUGAAAAAACUAAAACUAAUAUUGAGAAAUUGUCAACAGAAAAUGACUGUUUGCAACUUCGAGACUGCAACUAUGAGAAAGAUGAAAUACAAAAAUUUUCAUCUAAUCAAAAAGAUACAGAACUUGCUGUUUUAAGUUGUUCAGAAAGAGAUGUAGAUUCUUCCAAUACUAAGACAAUAACAAUUAAAAAAGAUGAAUUACAAAUGUCUUUAUUGAAGAGAAAAAAUAUAGAAUCUGUUGAUUCAAACUACCAAGAAAGAGAUUCAGUUGUUUCUAAUUUUAUUCAUCUUGAAAAUCCUUCACUGAAUAGAAAAAGGGCUAGGUUUCUUCCUAUUCCUGAAGACAGAAAGGAACAUUGCAGAGCCAACACUAGUGUUCAACAACAUGAUCUCUGUUUAAUCCCAUGUGUUACAUCCUUGGAUAUUCCUGAAUCUGAAAAACACUCAACAGGUGCUGAACAAGUUUGUUUACCCACUAAAGGUUCUUUAAAUACAAUUACAGCUCCUUGCAUUGCAGCAAAUGAACAGUUUGGGAAAUUCACUCAAAAUAAGUGUUUUAAAAAUCCUAAAAGUGAAACUAACCCUCAAUUUACAAAUGCUAUUCAAAAUAUUGUUAAAUACAUUAAUAAAAGGCCAAUAUCUGACUCUGACUUUAAAUCUUAUGUUCAUUCAUUAUUUCAGUUCUUAGUCAAUCCAGUAAAUUCCCCUAACAUCUCAACAUUGAUAUUUCUUGUCAUUAAUCAUCUUUGCUUCACUAGAAGAAAUUAUCUUAAAGAUUUCAAAAAAGACCAAGCUAAUUGCAUAUUUUUACCUUCAUCAGAGAGCUGCAUAGUUACAACCCUUUUUGAGAUUGAGAAGAAAUCUGAGACAUAUUCACAGUUAAAAUUAAUUAAAAACAUGUUGAGUACAAUUCACGAAUUUGUAAGGACAUGGAAAAAAAAGUAUAAUAUUCAUGGAGUAGCUUCUCUUUGUAGAGUAUUUACAGAGAUAUGUAAAAGAAAGAAAGAUUUACUGAGCCCUCUCUCUUUAUGUGCUGAUAUACUGAAAAUGAGACAUAUUUAUGCUCCUUACUUGAUUGCAUCAAUUGUUGGAGUCUGGAAAGAGCCCUUUAUGGUGCCUUCUGAUAAUUCAGAUGAAACAAUGAUAUUGAUAGGCGCUAUUUCAUUAGGAGUUCAAAAUCGGACAGAGGACGCUAACUGCCGUGGAAGGUAUUAUCUUAAAGACUUAAUAUUAGAAUAUUUUGGUUUUCCAAGUUUACCAGGUGUAAACAUAGCUGAGAAUUUAUUGAAAGAUAAAAUUAUUUCAAACUGCACACAAAAUUCACAUGAGAAAUCAUGGAUGUUGACUUCUUCUUUAGUCAUUCUUGCUACUUGUAAACCUUGGCAAUGGACCCGAAAGCAUUUGAUUGAUGAUUUUAUAUUACCUAAUUUAUCAAGAUUUUCUAGUUGGGAGCCACAUGAAAAAGCUUUUGGUUUAUUUUGUGAGCUGUAUGUGGAUGUUUAUCUUCUACACCCUAAUAUUCCAAAUGAAGAAUCUCUGAUUAAAUAUUUUGAGCAAGCAUCAGAUAAAGGUAUUGGUUUUGUAAAAGAAUGGGCUACAGUUUCUUUGAUGAAAUACUUAAUUUCAAAAAGAAGACCAAUCCCUAGCAAUUUUUCAGAAUGGCUUGAAAAGAACAAGGGUAAACUUAGUGCAGAAACGUUCUAUGAAUUUUAUCAGAGAAGAAAGGUAUACUCUAAUGAUAAGUGCUUAAGAUUUGAAGAUAUUGUGAUUACAUAGCUGUUGUAUGUAAAUGCUUGAAUAAGAAUGUUUGUAAAUAUUUAUAUAACUUUUCCCAUUAAAAUAAUCCUUACUACUAAAGAAAUAAAGCAUAUAAUACAGAGUUCCAUUUAACCAAGAGUUUUUUUAAUGAAUUAAAUGCUUGAAUAAGAAUGUUUGUAAAUAUUUAUAUAACUUUUCCCAUUAAAAUAAUCCUUACUAUUAAAGAAAUAAAGCAUAUAAUACAGAGUUCCAUUUAACCAAGAGUUCCUUUAUGAAUUAUUUUAAAAAAUAUUCCAUCCCAAAUACAUUUAAAAAAAAUCUUCAUCAAUAUACAAAAGUAUCCUCUUUCUCCUUGAUAGCUUUGAAAGUAAUAUUCUAGUUACUUUUUAAAUUUCUAACAAUAAUAUGAAUAGGAAUUAAGUUUAUUUGCAUUUUUCUUUUAACUCAUUUGUCUUGGAAUUUCACUUUUUUUUACCAUACAGUUUGUGAAUUUUGAUAUUUUUGAAAGAUUUAAAUUUUUCUCAGCCUUUUGACACAAGUAAGUUUGUAAAAAAGUAGACAAUGUAGAGAAAGCUUUUAAUAAUUUUCCUAAUCAAAUUCUUAGCUGUCAAACAAUAGUUUUUUUUUUUAAAUAUUUGAAUUCCUUCCUGCAACUUAAAAGUUUUGACAUGUGACAUCCAAUUCUGAAAGUCAGAGUAAGUUAAAAACAAUAGAAACAGAACCUAUUUAAUGUUGUUUUCAGGAGAGGAAGAUACUAAAAUGUAAAAUAUUAUGAAAAAAAAAAAAAGAGAGAGAGAGAGUGAGAGAUUUAAUUUAAAAUGAAAAUUAUUUUAUUUGUUAAUGAACCAUGAUAAAGUUUUUUUUCUUCUAAUUUCUUAAAGGAUAUGGCCUUUGUGUCUAUUUUUUUGUUUAAAUAAAAUUAUUUUUCUAAGUGAAGAAGAAAAAGAGAUUAACUGUAAGAGAAAAAUUUAUGAGAAUGAGAUUAUUUAAAAUUUAUGAGAAUGAAAAUAUGAAAUUUUUCUGGCUGUUAAUGAUAUUAAUAUAAGUAAUCAAAUCAAAAUUAAAUCAGAUUUUUACUUUGCAAAUUUUUUCCUAUUAUAAAUUUAAAUGAUUCAGUCCUUAAAUCAAUUGUAAAUGAAAUUGAUGAAAUCAAAUCAGAUUUUAAGAAUUAAAAAAAUUCUCAAAAAAUACUAUGAGUUCUUAGCAGUUAAAAAAAAUUCUAACUCAUUUUAUUAAUUUCCUUUAAAAUAUUUUCAUAUUCACUGAUGAUACAUUUAAGAGUCAACUAAAUGUAAAUCAUUGUUAGGAGUAAUCUGAUUGCUUUAGCAUAACUUUCAAUGUCCAGAAAGUGAAGAAAUGUGGUAGUAUCUGUUGAUCAAAAUGGCAUUAAAAUAUCUAAGGAAAAGUCUAUUAAAUGGGGGUAUUUAAACUAUACUGCAAACUUGUUAAAGAUACUCAGUUCAAUAUACACAUCAUUAUGAAGCAAUUCUCUCUGAACAAAAACGCUGAAGGAAAUAAUUUAUUGUUAAAGGACAGAACAGUACUAAUACUGGAUGCUUCCACAAAUAGAUUAGAUUGAUAAUUAGCAGAACAUUCACUCACUGAGAGAUAUAUCUUGACUUAUUUUUCAGUGAACUGUUUCUUCACCAGUAACACUAUUUCUUUGGUUUUGAGCAAAUAGUUAAAAAUUUUAAAUUUAAUUCAAAAAUAACAAACUCCCUACAAAGCAAAAAAAGUAUAGAAUAAUAAAUUAGAUUGAUAGUAAAUAAAGGUAAUGAGGAUGAUAAAAUAUAAGAUAACUAAAUUAAAAUGAUUGAUUAAAUGGAAAUAGGUUACCUUCUUGGAGGACUGGUUAAGGGAAUAGUAGUAAUUAAGGUAGGUUAAGGGAACUGGUUCACAUUUGUGUUUUUCUUGAUGAAAAAGAUCAGCAGUCAAUCUGAUGUCAGUAAAGAAUAUGCUGCUAAAGCACAGAUCGUUCUGUCACUUUUUGAAUGGUGCUGGUAAUAAGCAUGGCCUGAUUAUGGAAUUUGUAACUGAUUGAAGUUCUUUAAUUGUUUAAGUCUCUGGUAGGCAAUUUGAACCGUAAAUUUAAGAUGUGUUGUUAUGACGAUAAUAUGUUUACUUCUAUUUUCAUACUGCAUAUUUUUUGCUGAAUAUUUAAUUUUUGUCUCAUAGCAAAAACGAUUGAUAUGCUAAAAUGUUCUUGUUAAGUUAAGUUUGAUUGUUAAUACUAUUCUCUUCAAUAUGUAUAUUUCUUCUCUUUAAAUAGACCAAGAACACUAGUAUUCAAAAAAGCAUCUAAUAUUUACUUGUGUUAAAAUUUAUUUGAAAUGAUUCAAAACUAAAUAUUGAUGAAGGUGCAAAUUCUUUACAAAUGUUUAUUUAAUAAUAAUGCGAGUAAAAGAAAUACAAAUGUGCAUUUUUGUAUUUAAUGUAAGUGCAUUUUUAUAUUUUUGUGGUGCAUUUUUGUAUUUAAUUUUUUUACAAGAUAAACUGAAUAUAAUGUGAUAAAUAUUUUAUUGUGUGAUAAAUCUUGAAUAUAAUUUCAUUUGUAUCUCUUGAUAUACUUAAUAUAUUUUUCUACAAAUUCACUUAUCAAAAUUCAGUAUUGUUCACAUAUUUUU